CUCUUCACUAGUGCCACGUAGCGGAGAAAGGUAGAAAAGCAACGGUUUACGAACAGAGAGAGGGACGUUUUGGCCGACUAUUCCGCUUGGCAUAAUGGAGACCAAACCUGUGAUAACCUGCCUCAAGACCCUCCUAAUCGUCUAUUCCUUCGUGUUCUGGAUCACAGGGGCGAUCCUGCUGGCAGUGGGAGUAUGGGGGAAGCUGAUGCUGGGUCCGUACAUCUCUGUGAUUGCGGACAAUUCCACCAACGCACCUUUUGUGCUCAUUAGCACCGGCACCGUCAUCAUCGUUUUCGGACUUUUUGGCUGCUUUGCCACCUGUAGGGGGAGCCCAUGGAUGCUGAAGCUGUAUGCAAUGUUCCUGUCCCUGGUCUUCUUGGCUGAGUUAGUGGCUGGGAUCUCCGGUUUUGUUUUUCGCCAUGAGAUAAAGGGUACAUUCUUGAGGACGUACACGGAUGCCGUGUUGAACUACAACGCUCAGGAUGAGACCAGUCUGGCCGUGGACAUGAUGCAGCACAAUCUGCAAUGCUGUGGGGUGUAUAACUACACCAGCUGGCUGGCCAGUGUGUACUACCCUUCCAAUGGCCUCCCAUCCAGCUGUUGCUCCAAUGCCUCCGACUGCAGCCCCCAGGACCGCCGCAAUGCCACUGUGGCCCCCACUAAGGUCUACCAGAAGGGCUGCUACGAGCUAGUCACCUCCUUCUUAGAAACCAACAUGGCCAUCAUCGCAGGAGUGACGUUUGGCAUCGCCUUCUCACAGUUGAUUGGCAUGUUACUGGCAUGCUGUCUUUCGAGGAUCAUCACGGCUAAUCAAUACGAGAUGGUGUAACAGUGAUGGAGCAGGAGAUGAAGAGGAGAGGAUGACAGGGUGACACCUUUGAAGCCUGGGGAAUGAGGACGGACACCCAUUUCCCCAGUACAGCACAUUGCAUCUUUUCUCACACUGAGCUCUCUCUGUCUCCAUCUCCCUGUCCAGACUUGCUAUCUCCCAUUUUAAUAAUGUAACUAAUUGUAAAAAAGCCAUUCCUUAAUUCACUGCUGUGCCAUGAAAAGCUUUCUAUCUCCAUCCCUCUGCCCCCCGCUGUCUGGCAUUGAAGUUGCCUUUGUUCUGGUGUGGACCUGUUUGUUCUCUGUAAAUCCUAACCUGAACUAUUAGAGGUAACAUAUGAACAUUGAUAGUAGGUCAGUGUUAAAGCUCCUAAUUAACUUCAUACUUGUCCAUAGAUUUGCUUCUGCACAUAAGCACCUCUCAAUCAGGCAUGCAGCUCCUUCCAUGCCUCUCAUCACUGAAAAAUACAUUUGUACAGAAACAGGUAGAAAAAAACUAGACAAAAUAUUAAAAAAUAUUUACCUUACCGUUUUCACUUGUCAUUUCAGAAGGAUGCUUAAAGUUCAAUUAAACUGAUGAAGUCUAGAUGUACUUAUGUGUCUCACUCCAUACAGUAUGUUUAAAAUCUAAAUUUUACAUUCAUUUUGUCUGAAUGUGAAACAUA